ACUCACUCACUCACUCCAACUCCAAUGCCCGGCCCUGGACCAUCACCGCACCAGGUCUUCGUCUACUCGGGUCCUGGCGUGUCGCCGCUCUCGCUCUCGCACACGCUAUUGACGCUCUCGCUCCAGCUACUCCCCCACUACACGGUCCAGCCCAUCACGGCGGCUGUCCUCGCAACCGAGCCUUGGGAGCCGACGUGCGCGCUCCUCGUUAUCCCCGGUGGCAGAGACCUCCCGUUUGUCGAAGAGCUCUCAGUCAAGACGAAGGUCACUCGCCGCAUCGCAGAGUUCGUUCAGGAGGGCGGCAGGUACCUCGGUAUCUGUGCCGGCGCCUACUUUGGUGCGGCCGAGGUCAAGUUUGACGUUGGCGGGAACAAGGAGGUCGUCGGGAAGCGUGAUCUCGCCUUCUUCCCCGGUGCAGCUGUCGGACCUACAUUCCCUGGCUUUGACUAUGGAUCCGAGGCCGGCGCCCGAGCCGUCGGCAUUGUGGUCGACGGCGGCAAGCGCGUGCUAGACAACCUCUACUACAACGGCGGCGGACACUUCAUCCUCCCUGCUCAGCUCCCCUCCGACGUCGAGGUCGUGGCGCGGUACGCCGAGCCGCCAACACCCGAGGCCAAUGUCGCGGCCGUGCAGAUUUCAAAGGGCAAGGGCAAGGCCCUCCUCUGCGCGGUCCACUUCGAGUACCCACUCCAGGACCCGCCGUCGCGUGAUGCCAUUGCGAAGCUCGCCAACCCACCAGACGAGCUCGUGAUUGAGCAGAACGAGAAGGACAGGAAGGCAUGGGUCGGAACCCUCCUCUCGAACCUCGGCAUUAGGCUGCCCUCUGAGCAGAAGACGGCGACCGGCGCUCAGCUCAAGGGCGAGGAGGAUCCGCACCUCCUCCUUCACCCAACCCACCCGUCGCCAAUUUUCGUCUUCUCCCACCCCAGCCUUCCCGAGCUAGCCACUAACGCUUUCGGCGCCUCGACCAUCAACUCCAAGCUGAAGCUUGGCCCCGGCAAGUGGGAGACGUUGCAGGACGCCAACGACAAGCUCGAGAUUGGACCAGUCGACCUCCUUGAGCCUGGUGUGCCGUCCAACCUUGCCAAGAGGCGACGAACGGAGCCCGAGUACCCCCCAGCGGUGCAGGAGCUUACUCUGGACGACGGCCCUGUCCCGCCGCAGCCACCAGACUUUCACGCUCUCACCAAGACCAUCUUGCUUCCCGGAAAGGCGCAGUACUCGGCGGACUGGACACCCUUGUUCAACAUUGACACCUAUUGGGCGGAGCUGGACGCUGUGCGGAAGCGGGCCGGUCGCAAGACUGGCGUUCUGCGCCGUGACGAGCUCUCAAAGACUGGCGGACAGCGUCCUGCCGUCGGAGAUCUCAUCUUCUACGGCGAGACCGUGACCAGCACACAAACAAUGCUCGACCGCAACCCCAUUCUGCUCAACGGCCUCCCCGCCCCUCUCACGUUCACCGCGUCCUUCCAGCUGAGCGGCCGUGGACGAGGGUCGAAUGUCUGGCUGUCCCCGGCAGGCUGUCUGCAAUACACCAUCCUCCUCACCCUCCCCGCCAACAUGGCCAACAAGAUGAUCUUCAUCCAGUACCUGGCGGCAUUGGCAAUCUGCGAGGCCAUCGACGACGAUGGCCGCCUCGGUGUGCGCAUCAAGUGGCCGAACGACAUCUACGCCGAGGUGGAGGGUGUGGGCGGCACCAAGGUCGGCGGCGGGGUCAAGGGCCGUGCCAAGCUGGGCGGUAUCCUCGUCAACACCAACUACGUCAAUGGGCAGUGGAGGAUUCUUGUCGGCUGCGGAGUCAACGUCCUGAACGCGCUCCCGACCACCUCCGUCUCGACGCUGCACGACCUCCUGGCAACGCGCGCGGCUGCAUCUGGCUCGUCGCGCGACCUCCCACCACCACCAUCGAUGGAGGGCACGUUUGCGCGCAUCAUGCACUCGUUCGAGGUCAAGUGGGAGCAGUUCCUCGCCGACAAGGGUUUCGACGGCUUCAUGGACGAGUACCACUCUCGCUGGCUCCACAGCGGGCAGGAGGUGACGCUCACGACGGUCACCCCGCACCAGCGCCUGCGCAUCCAGUCCAUCACCCCCGACCACGGCCUCCUGCGCUGCGUGCCUCUUGAUGGCGGACGCGCGACGACAUCGGGCCUCACGCCGCUGUAUGACCGCGACACAGACGGGGGAGGCUACGACGACCGCUCGUCCAAGGGCUGGUCGUUUGGCUCGUCGGCGACACAGUACGUCGACCUGCAGCCCGACGGCAACAGCUUUGACCUCAUGAGCGGCAUGAUCAAGAAGAAGGUGUAGGGAUCUGGUUUACAUUGCAUGC